CCGCGGGGAGGGAGGCGCGAAGAGGGCGCUAGGGCGGCAGCCGGUGGGAGCCGCCGCCCCUGCCCGGCCGGGUCCCCGUGGGGCGCAUGGGGCGCUUCGAGCCGGGAUCGCUCGCGGGCCCCGCGCCCAGCUUGCUGCUGUCCUGAGAAGCUGCGCCGGGACGCCCCCAGACCCCGAGCUGCCGGGAGGAUGACCAUGGCCGGUGGCAGGAAGGGACUGGUGGCCCCGCAAAACACGUUUCUGGAGAAUAUUGUCCGGCGGUCCAAUGAUACUAAUUUUGUGUUGGGGAAUGCCCAGAUAGUGGACUGGCCUAUCGUGUACAGCAAUGAUGGAUUUUGCAAGCUGUCUGGCUAUCACAGGGCGGAAGUGAUGCAAAAAAGCAGUACCUGCAGUUUUAUGUACGGGGAGCUGACUGAUAAAGACACCAUUGAAAAGGUGCGGCAAACAUUUGAGAACUAUGAGAUGAAUUCUUUUGAAAUUUUGAUGUACAAGAAAAACAGGACACCUGUGUGGUUCUUUGUGAAAAUUGCUCCAAUUCGAAAUGAACAGGAUAAAGUGGUUUUAUUUCUUUGCACUUUCAGUGACAUAACAGCUUUCAAACAGCCGAUCGAGGAUGAUUCAUGUAAAGGCUGGGGGAAGUUUGCUCGGCUGACCAGAGCACUGACAAGCAGCAGGGGUGUCCUGCAGCAGCUGGCUCCCAGCGUGCAAAAAGGCGAGAACGUCCACAAGCACUCCCGCCUGGCCGAGGUUCUGCAGCUGGGCUCAGACAUCCUUCCCCAAUACAAGCAAGAGGCACCAAAGACUCCCCCUCACAUCAUCUUACAUUAUUGUGUCUUCAAGACCACAUGGGAUUGGAUCAUCUUGAUCUUAACCUUCUAUACAGCCAUCCUGGUCCCUUAUAAUGUCUCCUUUAAAACCAGGCAGAACAACGUGGCCUGGCUGGUUGUGGAUAGCAUCGUGGAUGUUAUCUUUUUGGUGGACAUUGUGCUGAAUUUUCAUACCACUUUUGUUGGACCAGCUGGGGAGGUGAUUUCCGACCCCAAGCUCAUCCGCAUGAACUAUCUGAAGACGUGGUUUGUGAUUGACCUUCUGUCCUGUUUGCCAUACGAUGUCAUCAACGCUUUUGAGAACGUGGACGAGGUUAGUGCCUUUAUGGGUGAUCCAGGGAAGAUUGGUUUUGCUGAUCAGAUUCCACCACUCCUGGAGGGGAGAGAGAGUCAGGGCAUCAGCAGCCUGUUCAGCUCUCUGAAGGUUGUUCGGCUGCUCCGUCUGGGGCGAGUGGCCCGGAAGCUGGACCACUACAUUGAAUAUGGAGCAGCCGUGCUGGUCCUGCUGGUGUGUGUGUUCGGGCUGGCUGCUCACUGGAUGGCCUGCAUUUGGUACAGCAUUGGGGACUAUGAGAUCUUUGAUGAGGACACGAAGACCAUCCGCAACAACAGCUGGCUCUACCAGCUGGCAAUGGACAUUGGCACCCCUUACCAGUUUAACGGGUCAGGCUCAGGGAAAUGGGAAGGGGGCCCCAGCAAGAAUUCCGUGUACAUCUCCUCGUUGUAUUUCACCAUGACCAGCCUCACCAGCGUGGGCUUUGGGAACAUCGCCCCAUCCACAGACAUCGAGAAGAUCUUUGCAGUGGCCAUCAUGAUGAUUGGCUCACUUCUGUAUGCCACCAUCUUCGGGAAUGUGACAACCAUUUUCCAGCAGAUGUACGCCAACACCAACAGGUAUCAUGAGAUGCUCAACAGCGUCCGGGACUUCCUGAAGCUCUACCAGGUUCCCAAGGGACUGAGCGAGCGCGUUAUGGAUUACAUCGUGUCUACCUGGUCCAUGUCCAGAGGCAUCGACACAGAGAAGGUCCUGCAGAUCUGCCCCAAGGACAUGAGAGCUGACAUCUGCGUGCACCUGAACCGCAAGGUGUUCAAGGAGCACCCAGCCUUCCGGCUGGCCAGCGACGGCUGCCUGCGGGCACUGGCCAUGGAGUUCCAGACUGUGCACUGUGCCCCAGGGGACCUCAUCUACCACGCAGGAGAGAGUGUCGACAGCCUCUGCUUUGUGGUCUCCGGCUCCCUGGAGGUGAUCCAGGAUGACGAGGUGGUAGCCAUUCUAGGGAAGGGAGAUGUGUUUGGAGAUGUGUUCUGGAAGGAAGCCACCCUUGCCCAGUCCUGUGCCAACGUCAGGGCCUUGACCUACUGUGACCUGCAUGUGAUCAAGCGGGACGCCCUGCAGAAAGUGCUGGAAUUCUACACAGCUUUCUCCCACUCCUUCUCCCGGAACCUCAUUCUCACCUACAACUUGCGGAAGAGGAUCGUGUUCCGGAAGAUCAGCGAUGUGAAACGGGAGGAGGAAGAGCGCAUGAAACGGAAGAACGAGGCCCCCCUGAUCUUGCCGCCGGACCACCCUGUCCGGCGGCUCUUCCAGAGGUUCCGACAGCAGAAGGAGGCCAGGCUGGCUGCGGAGAGGGGCGGCCGGGACCUGGACGACCUGGAUGUGGAGAAGGGCAGCAUCCUCACCGAGCACACCCACCACGGCCUGGUGAAGGCCAGCGUCGUCACCGUCCGCGAGAGCCCUGCCACGCCCGUGGCCUUCCCUGCGGCCGCCGCAUCCACAGGGCUGGACCACGCCAGGCUGCAGGCGCCGCCGGGGGCCGAGUGCCUGGGCCCCAGGGCCGGCGGGGGUGACUGGGCCAAGCGCAAGGGCUGGGCCCGCUUCAAGGACUCCUGCGGGAAGGCUGAGGACUGGAGCAAGGUGUCCAAGGCCGAGUCCAUGGAGACGCUCCCCGAGAGGACAAAGGCGGGCGGUGAGGCCACGCUCAAGAAGACAGACUCGUGUGACAGCGGCAUCACCAAGAGCGACCUGCGUCUGGACAGCGUCGGCGAGGCCAGGAGCCCCCAGGACCGGAGCCCCAUCUUGGCCGAGGUCAAGCAUUCGUUCUACCCCAUCCCCGAGCAGACACUGCAGGCCACCGUCCUGGAGGUGAAACACGAGCUGAAGGAGGACAUCAAGGCCUUGAACACCAAAAUGACGAACAUUGAGAACCAGCUCUCUGAGAUACUCAGGAUAUUAACUUCCAGAAGAUCCUCUCAGUCUCCUCAGGAGCUGUUUGAAGUAUCGAGGCCCCAGUCCCCGGAAUCAGAGAGGGACAUUUUUGGAGCGAGCUGAGAGGUCUGCUGAAAAAAACAAGUCGAAGACAAAACACCCUAUACCCUCCUGCCCUAUAGACAUCACCUCUACUACACACACCUACAUGACCAACAACUUUCAAAGUAGCCUCUUCCCGACAGAAAAUCCAAGGGGGACCAGUCGCUUAGGCACGCUCUCUCCUUUUCUCUGUCUGGGGGAAGAUCCGGGAAGAGGAGUGUGCCACCACCCUGCAGGAUGGCAGCUGCAUCUGAACUGUCCUUGCACAAUUUUGGAAGAGGAGGCGCACCGUCUAAAGGGUAUUUUCCCUCAUUUUUAAUUUUUUACUGCCACGAUAUUUGUAAAAGAUGAAAACUACCAGGAAAGAAAGAACAGCAGCCAUUGGGGAUUGGUGGGAGAGCACCGAGAACCCCUCGUGUAUAUUACCAUGCUGGGCUCCUUCGCCAGGCCCGCCGGAGACUGUGGUGGGCACAGGGAGUUCCCAGCAUUCCCUGCCCUUGGACAGCCUGUGUCUGAGCUCACCGUCUAUUUCCCUACCGUAGUCAUUUGUAACAAGCUCGGGACAGGGGGAGCUUGAGGGACAGGGAGGGGAGGGAGGGUAGAGCCUUUCGACUUUCUGUCUCUAAUGGUUAAGGUCGAAAAGCAGCUGAGGUGCUUUGGGUGCCUCCUGUAGACACUUAGAGCCGGGAAUCUUCAGGUCUCCUUUCCCCAAAGAAAUGAGCCAAGUGUAAGAGCCGGAGAGGGGCGGUGGCGAUCCAGAGAUUCUCUGGGCUAUGGUCGGCACCCUGCUCCCACGGGAUAGUGGAAGGGGAGGGCCCCGGAGGCCCCGGAUGCAUCUCUGGCCCGGCUCCAUGCCCCUGGCCUCAUCACACAGGCCCUUUGCUUCUUUUCCUUCUUGACCUCUUCCCAAGUGCUCCUGUGGCAUUCCUCAGGGUAAUGGGGCAUCGGCAGGAAGGGUGAUGAGCCCAGAUUUGCUUUAUUAGCAAAGCAGACACACACACAUGACCUCAGAAAAAUGAUUGUAGCGAGUGCUGUGUUUCUAUUAUGACUUUUGUUGGGAUUGCCCUUAGAGAAGUUUGUAUUUUGUCCAUGGCAUGGGUUCAUUCUAGGACACUCGGGAGCUGUGCUUGGCCUUAUUUUUAAGCUAAUCUCUUUAUCUCAUACUAAAGUCAGCAGGACUUCAAGAGAAACCAUGAGACUGCAGGGCUGUGAUGGUAGUGGCUUCAGGAGCUGGAAAAAGAGAAAGAGGCAGGAGUUUCCAGACUGUGUCUGUCAAGUGAUGGAGAGAGGUGGCUCCGGGGCAGUGGUCCACGAGGAAGGUCUGAGCUUAGAAUGAUGAUCACGGAGCCACCUAUGGGCCACCUAUGCCAUGAUGCUCGGGACCGUCCACUGCCUCACAGUCCCCUGGGUUCAGGUUAUUUGUGUGCUUGGGCUCCUUUCAGUGGUGUCUGAGAAAGGAAAGAGAUCUCUCCCAGACAAAGUAGAGAGAAGAGGGGUCAGGACCCUAAAAGUUGCUAAGUAAGAUUGGAAGUUCAGCUCUAAAAACUCAGCUUUGAGAGAGUGAAAUUAGGAGUGCAGGUGACCUGGAUGGUUAGUGACAGCAUGGAAUCGUCUAGGGCACUGACCUUCUGCACAUGUGAUGCUGUGGCAAUCCCGUCCUUAGCACCUCUGCC